AUUGAUAAAAAGAAACUGGUGGUCUUUUAAACAUAGUGACCUGUUUAAGAAAGUUUGUGCGUUAACUGUAUGUUAAACUCAGAAAACCGGCCUGAAGAUCAUAUUUCACAAUAGCACAAAACAUGAUAAUACCAUUUUUCUAUUGAGUGGAGGAAUAAAUAGAAAAGACAGAUUUCGAUUUUAUUUAUUGGAUGGAAAAAAACUAAGUAUACGUAAAUAUAAACAAAUAUAUUGAGAUAUUUGUCACAGAAAGAGCUGGUGGAAAUAUUUGUACAUAUAUGCACACAUACUUGUAAACAUUUAUCACAUACACAUAUAAAUAUUAUUUGGAGCAUGGAAAUUUGUAAAGGUAAACCAGGUUUUUUAAUCCCGAAUCUCACAUCUGCAACUGCGAUGGCUGCAGCCUCUGGAGAUGGGAACGGUUCUAGUAGUGAUGGUGAUUCAGUUCAAAUGACAAUCUCUAAUAACAAUCAUCAUCAUCAUCAUAACAAUAACAACAACAACAACGGGAAUCAUUCAAGUGGGGGAAAUUCCUUAAUUAAUUUGAGUAAAACUGUAUCUAAACAUAAUAUGGAUUCAGAUUUAGGAUCUGUUAAAAUGUAUAUAAACAAAUCAUUAUCUGAUAAUGCUUCUGCUAAAUCGCCACGUUCGUUACAUUUGGAGAAUUCUGGGAUAACACAUGAACAUUUGAUAACUGAAUCAAAUAAUGCGCUGCAACAACAUCUUCAUUCUCAUCAUCAUCUUAAUACACAAUUAAAAAGAAGCCCUCCACCGCUUAAUCCUGUCCUUACUCUUCCCUCUGUCACAACUACCAUUUCAAAUGGAUCAUUCUAUUGUAAUUCGAUAAAUACUAGUUCUAAUCAUCAAAUAAGAUCAGGUAAACGUCCAGCGCCUACAACGCCGAAGCGAUUAUCAACAAAUUCUGCAGAUUUUCAUUUUGACGAUGACUGUGUCAGUAAUUCCGGUUCUGAUAUGGAUGCUCAUGAGAACUCGAGUUCCACAGAUGUUGAAGGUGUUUGGUCGAUGGAUAUAGAACAAUGUUUUCAGGAAGCUCUAGCAAUAUAUCCACCAUGUGGACGUAGGAAAAUUAUACUAUCGGAAGAGGGAAAAAUGUAUGGACGAAAUGAAUUAAUUGCUAGAUAUAUAUAUCAACACACUGGAAAGAUUCGAAGCAGAAAACAAGUUUCAAGUCACAUUCAAGUAUUGGCUCGUCGAAAAUCUAAAGAACUUCAAGCUCAGAUUAAGGAUCCUGAUACGAAACAACGAGCUAUUAUGCAUCUAUCAAUGCUCAGUUCCGCACAAAUUGUGUCUGCAGGAGUGCUUGGUUCCAAAACCUUACCGUCUAUCUCAACAUCUGGUGGAUUACCAGUGACAUCAUCUGGAAUUCAUCCAUCAACAGACGACGAGAAGAUCAAUGAAAUUAAAUUGUCAAAUUCACAUCCUUUGAAUAUGACAAAUAAUCGAAGUGAUAUGCAUAAUUUAAUUGUUGAAGAUAUUGUCACUGAUAGAAGUCCUCAUAUUAAUGAUAUACAUUCUAAUAAUAGAGAAUUAAAGCAUAAAAGUAAUGGUUUAUAUCUUGAAAAUCUGCAUAAAUACCCCUCUUCAACAGCUAUCAAUAAUAAUAUUCAAAACAAUUUUACAAUUAGUAAUAAAAAUUUAGUUAAAGGUAAAGCUCAAGAAAACUGUUCAUAUUCUACAGUAAUACAAGAUGAUAAAACGACCCAAUAUAAUCAUAUCAAUUUAAAUCCUUCUAGUCAAGCUACACUGGCCCAUCUUCUUCCUAUAAAUUCAUCUUUACCACCGUAUUCAUUUGAUAUACGACAACAAGGAAAUAUGGUGAAUAAUGAUAGUUCACAGUUAUCUUAUCCAUAUGAGGCGUUUUUAGCCUUAAGAUCUCAACAACAAUCAAAUUUAUUCAGUCGAAAUUCGGAUACAUUGGAUUUGCAUAACAAACUUCUUGGACCUGUCGAUAGUAAACAUCAACACGAAAUUGAUUCAAAACAACUAAAUUUUCCCUUGGCGUUAGAUAAUCUUAUGACAAUCACUUCAAAUAAUCAUCGAAAUCAGUCGUCUUCUCCAUCAACUUCAUCUUUAGUAAAUAAUGAUAAUCGUUUACAAUCCACAUUACCAAUAAAUAAUUCCUCUGUUAUAUUACCAAAUUUACAACCUGACGGACUAGUUCUUGUCAAAACAUCAGUUGGUCAGUUAUUAUACUGUCCAUCUAAUCACUAUAACAAUAAUAAUGAUAAUAAUAACGCGAUUCCCCAAAAAAUACAUAAUACUACUACCACUAUCAACAAUAAUACUGAUUCUUCCAUAUCCUCCUCAAAUUGCUCGUCAAUCUCUUCGUUAUCCUCAGUACCGAGUUUUACAUCAACUCUCUCAGUGCCUAAUUCACUAGGCUCUUCAAUGACAUCAACCAUACCAUCAGCAUCAGCAGCCGUAGCAAUGGCAGCUGCACAUGUUGCUUCAGUUGCAACCUAUGAACAACAAUGUACAUCAAUAACAUCUGUUUUAUGGCCAACAAAUUCUUUACUGUCAUCAUCAUCAUCACCAUCAUCAUCUCAUCAUGCAUCUGUACUGUCAGCUAAAUCAAAUAUAAAUACAUUUCCUUCGACAGUUGUACCUAAACAAAAUCCAGUUUUAAUGGAACAAUUAAAUGUUAAUCAUGCUCACCGUAAUAACAAUAACAAUUAUAGUGAUUUAAUUGCAAAUGCAUUAGCAACCACUAAUAAACAACUAAGUGAUGAUGGAACAAUGAAUUUCUUACGAGAAAUUUCUUAUUCUUCAAUGAAUCCUUCAAGGGAUAGCGAUGAUUCUAUUUCAGAUUCCCCAAAAUAUUCUAGAAAAAUGAUUGUAGAGAGUGCAGAAAAAAAUAUAUCACUGUCAAAUGUAAAUGUUUCUACUAUGGUUACUAAUACAACACCAGAGGAUUUAAAAAAUAUCAAUAUACCCAAAUGGAUGGGACGAUCAGUUACAGCACCUAAAAUGAGAUUGGUUGAAUUAAGUGCCUACAUGAUAAGUUCAACGUCGAAAUCACAGUCCAAUGGAACUCAUACGCAUGAUUUUCAUUUAAGUACAACUCCUAAAUCGACGACGAUUGUACACAAUUUUGUUCACAUUGGACCCAUUUUAAACGAGCAAUUAUACACUGACCCAAAUUUGGAGCAAGUAGAUGCAAGUCAAAUCUGGGAUAAAUUUCCUGAAGACAGCCUAAAAGAACUUAUGGAACAUGGACCUAUGAAUACAUUCUUUUUGGUUAAAUUCUGGGCUGAUGUCAAUGUGAUGGUUGAACCAGAUGCCACAUUCGCUGUGUCAGCUAUUUUCGAGGGUACGGAAGAUGUUCCAAUUAACUUAUCAACUAAAGUUUGCUCAUUUGGCAAAGAAGUAUUAGAAAAAAUAGAGGAUGAACAACCUAGACCCGAAAAUGGACGUUUUGUAUAUCGGUUUUUACGUAGUCCUAUGUGUGAUUAUAUGAAGAAAUUUAUUGGGAAGCUAUUACAAUUGCCUCAGCGAGAAUUAAUGAAUUCCGUUUUGGAGAACUUCACAAUCUUACACGUCCUGACAAAUAAAUUAACAAAUGAAGUAUUAUUGUGUAUUGCAUAUGUAUUGGAAGUUGCACAAGAGGGUUGUAGGGCACAACAUCACAUAUAUCGAUUUGCACGUUAUGGCUAACUUCAAUGUACUAAACAGUGAUAAAACAGAAAAUCGGAAACGUGUAAAUUACUGGUUCAUUUUAUUAUUCAAAUUUUAUUUCAGUGAAUAAAUGGUGAAGAAGAAUUGUAGAUAUUUAAAAAUAUGUUGAAUUAUUGUCGACGGUAUUAUUACUUUAUUUACCAGAAAGUCUUUACUACGUAAGUAUAGUCUUUUCCUAGGGACUUCUUUAACUAUCUAAACCAUGUGAAUUCUAUAAAAAUAUCUCAACGUUAGCUUUUCCCUUACAUAUUAUGAAAUUAUUCUUGCCUGUUUUGGGCACUUUGUGUCAUAUAUAAACUAAGUUUUUCUAUUCAUGAGCAAUGAGUUUGUUUUACCGACUUAGCUUCGUGUGCAGUUGUUUUGUACAGACAUUGUACUGUCUUUUCUUGUCUUCGAUCGAUCCGGUGAUGCUGAGCGAAUGAGUUUUACUUUAGAUUUAAAUGUGUGUAUGAUUCGAUACACACAUAAGUGUGUGAAUCAGAAGAUCGAGAUAGAACAUGUUGUAUACAUUUUAUUGAAUGUUACUUUGAAUAUUUUCUCUAUAUCUUGUAUUAAUAUUCACUGAUCUAGAUUUCAGCACAAAUUUGUAGGCGAUUUCUUCCAGUUAUCGAUUCAAACUUACUUUGAAACCAAUAAUCGUGGUUUGUCAAGUGAAUGUCAAACAUAAACAAAGUUUGUAUUUAAAAAAAUGCCUUUUAGCUCCUCUCUACAUUAUUUUACUUGGUGUAUAAUUCAAUAUACAUAAACACUAAUGUUUUACUCUUUUUGUGCUUAGACUAAUGUAUUUCGAAAAAAAUAAUAAUAAUUUAUCCGCUAACUUGUGCAACAAGUAUAAAUAUUUUUUGUCUGGAUUCCUAAUGAUAAUCUUUUGUUUCUUUAUUUUGUUUCACCUUCAAUUUAUCUAUAUAUGUUUUAAAAUGUAAGACAGAUUUCCUAAUAAUUAAUGAAAAAUAUUUAGUCAUGUAAAAUUGGUGUUUGCCAGGAUUGUUACUGACAGUGUUUAUAAUGGUUAUCAAUUACACGAUUAUUACAUUCAAUGUUCGACUAAAGUAUACACUUUCGAUACAUCGGAAUAAUUAUGCAAUGAUUUAUGUGGUAUAAAUAAGUAUACGAUCUUGUUGUUAUCAGUAUUUUCCAGCUACCUUGGUGAUUAUUUCUUGAAUUAUUGUUUGACUUUAUGCCUGCACACGAAAUACAAAGUGAUUCACAAUAAUUAUGUAUUUUACUCUGAUGUGAUGACAAUAAUGAUGUCAAUAGUUUUUUUUUCUUGCAAAACAGAAUAAUUAUUACUAUUAUCCAUUUGUGUAUUGUCUUUCCUAAAGUUUCAAACGUCUUUUGAAGUAAAUAGAUCUCUGGUUAUCGAAUAAUAAUUGUACACCAUGACACAUUAACAAUAAUAUUAACAUAUCAAUUAUUCCUAUCCUUGCCCUUUCUAUUAUUCAAUCAGUAUUUGUAAAACGCUGCCAAUAUAGUUAAUAAACAGUUUCACUUUGCAAAACUCAAUAAUAAUAAACUCUUGUUUUCAAAUAAUUAAAAGCUAUACUAUGUAUGUAUCGGCUGAUUUAUAUGAGUACUCUUAUUACUCUUUGUAUUUGUUUUUAAUAAAAACAAUAUUAUUAAUCUUGAAUAUUCAAUUACUUGCAUGUAUAUUUUUAUUAUUAUUCCUCUUCGUGGUAUGCCUGUUUUGUGCUUAUUUAUGUGACAAUGAUUAGAUAUUUAUGUAUAUUUAUGUAUGUAUAAAAAACGGUGUUUUAUUCUAACACAGAAGAUGGGGAUGGAUGCAUUUCUUGACUAAAUGUAUUCCAAUCUGCUUUGAUAUUGUUUUUUUUUCUGCACUAAUCUUUAUGUAAACCCAGUGUUCAGCGUAAACUGUCUUUUAUUAGUUGUUCUCUUCUUUUCUUUCCACCUUUUCAUUCUAGUAUAUUUCUAGUGUAACGAAGAAAAAAAUUCUGAGAAUAAAAAUCUAGAAUGAGGAUGAUAAAUUUUCUACCAGUUUUUUGUUCUUCAUUUUUUUAACACAAUAAUCGAUUAUAUUACGCAAGUGCACACGUAUACGCAUAAAUUUAAUGUACAUAUUAAUUAUCACUGUUAUUAUUAUGUUUGGUUCUUUUUUAGUUUAUUUUUGCUUUUCUCUCUGACAAACUGACACGAUUUCUUCCUUUUUUUUAUCCAAUUCUCUUCUGUCCUUUUAUCUAAAAUGUAAUGUGUAUGUGUGUGUGUGUUAUAAAGUUCACUGGAAAAAAAAUCAUGCAAAUACAUUAGAUAUAACAAAUAAGAUAAAGAUAACCUUAAUGUUAUAAAGUCAUCAGGCUGUUAGGUAAAAAAAAAAAGAAUAUUCAUCUUUUAUUUCCAAGUAUGUUUCUUUAUUUUUCUGUUGUAUGCGUAUGUGCAAACGUAUAUUUCAUGAAGUAAUGAAAGUCAAAAUAUAACAUUUUAUCUG